UAUUGAAAUAACCUUUUCCAGUAAAGGGAGAUUUUUUUUACAUUGCACAAACACUUUUUGAGAAUUUUUUUUUGCCUUUAGGGCCAUGGAAAUUUGAUAUUUCAAUUGAGCAUCAGAAGCCUGCAACACUGUCUGGUGACAAAAUCACUAGUCAACCAGAGGAAACACCAAAUUCAGCAAAAAAAUUUACUCUCCCCGCGUAACUGGCAAACUGAGUCUCUGACGAGUAUUGAGAUUGUGUUUUGAAGCAAAUACAGACUGCACAACUCUGAAGGCUUUCAUUUGAGUUAAAUAAUUUAUAGAUACACUGGAUCUCCAUUUGGAUCAGAAGAAAUGGAGGAGUACACUCCAUCAAAGAAAAUUUCGUUGGAGCAAAAAAAGUAUCAUGUAUUUCUAAGCUUCCGAGGUAGUGAUACAAGGCAAAAACUGGUGGACCAUCUAUUUGAAUCUCUGAGUGCUGCAGGUAUUCAUGUUUUUCUAGACAGUGAACGAUUAAGGAGAGGGGAGAACAUUGAUAGGAGCCUGAGGCAGGCAAUUGAGGACACAUGUAUUCAUAUUCCAAUUUUCUCCACAAACUAUGCCGAUUCUCCAUGGUGCCUAAAGGAAGUCACAGAGAUGCGAAAAUCCACAGGACUUAUCAUCCCCUUGUUUUAUGAUGUCGAGCCAGCAGAUGUCAGACAUCCAGAUGCACGCAAGUAUGCUAGGGCUUUUGCAAGUCACUCUCAGAGAAAGAGAUAUCCACUGGAAACCAUCACUGAAUGGAAAGAGGCUUUGCAAUAUGUCUCCUCCUUAUCAGGAUGGUCUAUGCAGAUAACAUCAGGGUAUGAGGGGAAGCUCAUCAAGCGUGUUGUGACAGAUGUUCUAAACACAUUGAACAAUGUUCCACUGGAUAUCACAAAAUCUGCUGUUGGACUUAAAGAACGAAGGGAUGCAGUUAUUAAGUUGCUGAAGAUUGGCGUCAAUGGAAAAGAAGCCUAUACAGUUGGGAUUUGGGGCAUUGGAGGUGUUGGGAAAACUACGCUAGCCAAGGCAGUUUACAAUGACAUUUUUAAGAAGUUUGAAGCAGUUUCCUUUGUGGCUGAUGUUCGUGCCAAUGCCCAAAACAUCAAUGGACUCUGCAGGUUGCAGAGACAGAUCUUGAGAGAUCUCUUGAAAAUAAAAAUUAGAGUGAACAAUGUUGAUCAUGGCAAAGCUUUAAUGAGAGAACGUUUGCACUCCAUACGUGCUCUUGUUGUUCUGGACGAUGUAGAUCACAAAAAGCAGAUUGAAGCCCUGGGUGCAGAGUGGCUUUCAGCAGGUAGCAGAGUCAUUGUUACGACACGUGAUAAAGCUGUCUUCAAUGAUGAAAUUUGCAUUUAUCCUUUGCUUGAACUCGGGAAGGAUGAAGCUCUUCAAUUGUUCUGUUGGCAUUCCUUUCUUAAGCCAUGUCCAGAUAAUAAUUAUAAAAAAAUAUCCGAAAGGAUAGUAAAUGCAUGCUGCGGACUUCCACUUUCUUUGGAAGUAGUUGGGGCGUUCUUGUACCAGAGAAAAGACGAAAUAUGUUGGAAGGAGACACUCAGACAGCUUGAAACUGCAAGGUUUGAUGACAUAUACAGCCGCCUCAAAAUCAGCUACCAAGAUCUCAACAUUGAGGAAAAGGAAAUUUUCCUUGACAUUGCUUGUUUUUUUGUGGGGCAUGACGGGAAAGGUGCAAUUAGUUUCUGGGAAGAACUAAAUCUGAAUCCACAUAUUAACCUCUCCAACUUAGAACUGAAGUCACUCAUCAAAAUAGGUUAUGAUGAAAUCAUAUCAAUGCAUGAUCAUCUGAGGGAUAUGGGGCGAGCAAUUGUGGGGGAUGAAUCUCGGGAUCCAGGCAAGCGCAGCAGGCUUUGGAAGUCAAAUGAAGCUUAUCAAGCGCUCCAAAGAAAUCCGGUUCUGGAUAGUGUCCAAAGCAUCUCUUUUUCAGGUUCAGAACAGAGCAUUACAGUUGAGAAUAUGAGGUCAAUGAGAAACUUACAUUUAAUUUCCUUGGAUGAGACUGUUAUACAAGGUGAUCUGCAACCAUUAUCUUUAAAUCUUAGAUGGUUUAGAUGGAAUUCGUGUCCAUGGCAUUAUUUGCCAUCUGAGUGGAGUAUGGAACAUCUUGUUGUUCUUGAUUUGGGUACCAGAAAACAUAUUCCAUGCAAUAUCAAAGAACUUUGGAGUGAAAAUUCUCCGUGUAAGAAGCCCAAGAAUCUCAAAGUUCUUCUGCUGAGCUGGUGUAUUAAUCUUGAAAGAUUGCCUGAUCUUUCAAAUUAUAGAUCCCUUUUAAGGGUUGAUUUGAAAAAUUGUUUCAGUCUAAGAAAGGUACCUGAAUCAGUUGGCCUUCUGCAACAGCUAAAAUGUCUGAACUUAUCAGGCUGUAAAACUCUAGAAGGACUUCCAGAUAGUAUCAGUGGUCUCUCAUCACUUGAAAAGCUCUCUAUGAAUGGUUGCUCAUCCAUUAGAAAGCUACCAAAUACGUUCGGGACUCUGGGAGCCCUAAAAGAACUAGAUAUAGGCUGUUUAGACAAGAUUGAAGAGCUUCCUCCUUUCGGAACAGGCAGUUUGCUGAAGAAGCUCAUUCUAAGCGGCUGCCUCAAGCUAAGAAGUUUGCCUACAUCGAUAUGUGAACUCAAGCAUCUCAAUUGCCUGGUGAUGAACAAAUGUAGUAGUAUAUCCCAUCUGCCUAAGGAAUUGGGGAAACUUGAAAGCCUCCGUGAAUUGUUUGUGAAUGACUGCCGUUGUCUACGUGGGCUUCCUGAAAGUUUUGGAAUGCUUACAAAUCUUACAACUUUGGAACUGAGGAAGGAUGUGAGCUUAAUUGAACUCCCAGAUAAUUUUUCCAGGCUUCGAUCAUUGGUGCAGUUGAAUGCAAGUGGUUCUCAUCUCUUAAAUGGUCUUCCUCCAAAGUUUGAAGAUUUGUGUACUCUGAAGAUUCUCAACUUGCAAAAUAGUUUCCUUAACAGUUUGCCUUCCAAGCUUGGUAAGCUUGAAAACCUGAAAACUCUUAUUCUGAACAAAUGUGACAAGUUAUUGGAAUUGCCUUCUCUUCCUGCAUCACUUGAGAGGCUUGAAGCAGAGGAUUGUAUGCAAAUGAAGGCAAUCUCGUAUUUCUCAAAUUUGAAAAAUUUGAAAAUUUUGGCCCUGCGGAACUGCAACCACUUAGCUGCAUUGCCAGACCUGAGCUCAUUGUAUUCUUUAAUAAAACUAGACAUAAGGGGUUGCACAAACAUCAAAAGUCUUGAAGGUUUACAAGGAUUGAAAAGUUUACAGGAAUUAUGCUUAAGUGGGUUCAUUGGAUUAGACCUGAUCCAAAUUAUGAAGGAUAUGCCCUUCCUUCGGGACUUCAGUGAAACAGGAAUGCAGCUAAAUUGUUUACAAGUGCAUGACUGGGAAUUACCGUCUUCCAGCUUCAGAGAUAUAUGGUCGUUCCCUGUAGAAAUCAACUCCAAAUGUGCGGGAAUUGUACUAUUUUUUAAUUUAGAACUCAACUCUAAAGAAACUGAGAACAAUGUUGCUCGUUACAUGGAAAUUUCCUUUAAGAGAGACGAUGAAGAGUUUUUCAGUGCUAAAGUAUCCAUCCAAGGAGCUGAAAAGAUUAUGUUCAUUUAUAGAGCACAACAUCCUGUCAUCACUUCGCUAAACAAUAUUCAAAGGCUUUCUAUUGAAGGCCAAGGCAAAGGAAUCCAUAUCAAAGAAGGUGGGAUAAGGUCAUACUGGAUCAUAGAUGAACCUUGUCACAUUCUUGAUACAAAUGAGAAUGGCAACAAUGAAAAAAAUAUAGAACAGUACAAAGAGUCCACUUGUGGAGGGACAGAGGAAAAUUCAGCGCCUCAGGAAGGUGGCUGUCUCAGUUGCUAUGCAAGGUCUCAGUUGCUGUGCAACACUAUUAUUUCUAGUUGCUGCACAAAGUGUCUUAGGUUCUGUCAAGCAGUGGACAAAGAGACAAGAGAUAUGGAUUCAGAGGGUGAUAAAGAAAGGUUAUGCUCCACCAACCAUGCCAUGUCAAGUAUGCCACUUUCUUGGACUUCAAAGGCUAACACUAUGCCAAAUGUAGAUGACAUCCAAUGUCACAUCACGAUAAAUGAGAGAACUAACAAGUUUUUUGGUGUCGACGAUGGCAUAGAUCAUAUGAUUGAAAAGGCAGUGCAGGCAUUAUGGGGGCAACUCAGGGCCAAGAUAAAUGCCCAGGCAUGUGAAAUAGCAAGUUUGCAGAGUAGUCCAUUGGUGGAGAAUGGACCUCCUACUCCAGAGUUAGAUAAGGAUAGAGUUACAACUCUUACAAAGGGUGCAAGCACAAUGACUGCCAUAUCUCGUGCCUCAAAUCAAGCCAUCAAAUCUGAUGGCCGCUUGAUUAUCCCAUGAAUUUUCAGGAUAAACUUUGGUUUUGCAAGAGAAUCCGGUGUUAGUUGUCGUGCUAUACGAGGAUGAGCGGCAAUACCAUAAGUUCGAGAUUAAUAGUUCUUGCAACUAUUUCCCUUAUAAUCUGGAAAGAAAGCUCAUUCCAAUGAAGACUACUAACUACAUUCAUUCAUGUUGGCAAUUGACUCCGGCACUGGAUAUUAUAAUAGAUGAAAUUUAUGAUCUAGGUUCGUUUGUAGAGAUGCUUGCUAAUUUCGAAAGAAAUGUGGUAAUAAUGAUUAUUUUUUCUUAGAUUAAUGCCACUAGCAUUCUAAACAUAGGCACCUAUUUGUGUUCUCUUUUCUUUCUUUUUCAUUUGAAAGAAUGCAAAUUACUUACAAGUUUGGAGUAAAAAACUGCAAAAUUUGUUGUUUAUUUGUAUUCUUUUGACAAUAUUAUAUUCAA